AUGUCGAAUGUCACCAAGGUCAUGACCUCCCCCCCACCUUGCAACGCGACGACCUCGAACAAACUACUACACUUCUUCAGCAGUCUUGCAGGCGGCUUCGGCUCAGGUCAAACUGGACUGUUGAUGGAGUGUCGGUUCAAAACCUCCGCUUCCGACCCUCCACAAGCUCCCGAGCUUCCAACUACACUUCUUCAUCAGUCUUGCAGGCGGCUUCGGCUCAGGUCAAACUGGGCUGAUGAAGAAGUGCCAGGUUCAACAUUCGGCCUCCAAGCUCCCGAGCUUCCAACCGCACUUUCUCAGCAGUCUUGCAGGCGGCUUCGGCUCAGGUCAAACUGGACUGCUGAGAAGUGUUGGUCCAACAUCACCACAUCAUCACAUGGUCACACAUCUUAA